AUGAAGCUUUUCAGCCUCCUCACCCUGGCAGUGAGCGCAACCGCCUGCGCCGACCACGUGCAACGCUUCUGCACCGACCGCCGCGAGCGCGACUCCUUCAGCGGCCGGAUCCAUUCCGCCGACGUCUUCGAGUACAAGUACAUCCCCUUUGAAGUUUCCCCAGGCGUCACCUCCAUCCGUGUCGGAUACGACUACACGAACCGGACCGAGAGCACCGUGUACGUCGGUGUCUUUGACGAGCGCGGAUAUGCCCUUGAAGAUGGAAAGAACCUGACGGCGGGGUUCCGCGGGUGGUCGUUUGCGCUUCUGAGUAACUGGACGUUUACACCGACCGAGACGACGCCCAUGUAUGUGGGUGGUCCCGUCGCGCAUGGGACGUGGUCGCUCGUUCUGGUUGGGAGUAAGAUCGUGGGUGAGUAUGUCGACUACAACAUCACAAUCGACUACGGGUACGAGCCUGUGCAAGGGCCGCGCUUCUCGCUGCAGCCCGCGGCCGCUGAUCUCGGGAUUGAUGCUGCUCGCCGCGCACGCAUGGACAACGCGACGGACGGCGCGAUCUGGCUCAAGGGCGACUUCCACGUGCACACGACAUACAGCGACGGGACCUGGACGCCGCAGGAGCAAGUUGCGAACGCGCAAGAGGUUGGACUCGACUUUUGGAUCUCGACCGAGCACAACAGCGUCAGCGGGAAUAACGUCAUGGGGUCGUUCGCGCCCGAGGACAUGCUCAUCGGCCGCGGGAUGGAGGUUACAACUCGCUUCGGACACUGGCAGGCCGUCGGCAUCGAUCACAGCCAGACGCCCGAGUGGCGGUACGAACCCAACAGCGCUGAGUUCGCGAAUGCGGUCGCACAGGUCCGGCGCGUGGGCGGGUUCGUCUCGGUGAACCACCCCUACAUGCCGUGCAAGGAGUGUAUCUGGAACCUGGAUACGGAGUACAAGUACGCGGAUGCGAUUGAGAUCUGGAAUGAUGGGGUUACCGAGGAGAUUAACCAGCAGGCCAUUGACCUCUGGCAUGGAUUGCUUGUGCAGGGGCGGAGGAUUACAGGGAUCGGUGGGAGCGACACGCAUCACCCGCCUAGCAUGAUUGGCUGGCCGACGACGAGGGUCAAGGCGCGCUCGCUGAGCACCGCGGCGGUUGUGGAGGGUGUUAAGCGGCGGCGUGUGUAUAUCUCCAAGAGGCCCGAGAUGGAGAUUGACUUUACGGUUGUUGGGGAGGGGAUCCAUGCGCAGGUUGGGGAUGUCGUUGAGACGAAUGGGGUUGCUCUUACUGCGAGGCUGGCGACGCAGGGCUUUGGUGGUCAGACUGCUUGCUUUGUUACGGAGAAGGGGUACCUCCGCAACCAGACUGUCCAGGAUGAGGAGCCGAUUACGCUGGAUAUCGAGGAGGGCACCAAGUUCCUUCGUGUCGAGCUUCGCAACUCGACCGGGAGCUUUACCGGGAUUACGAACCCAAUUUAUCUGGAGUAG